AUGACGGAAAGCAAUCCCACCACGCCUGAGGACGCCGCGGCUGCACGAGCAGCAGAGCAGGCCCGCAUUCGCAAAGAGCGGCGCGAGGCCAAAAUCAGAGCAGGUGGCAGCGCUCGCCUGAACAAGAUCACUGGAUUGGGAGGAGGCAUUCAGAGAGAUCCCCCGUCCACUCCACCCUCACAACCACAGCCGACAUCUGAGGCGGCAGGAGACUCCGCAGCAGGCACACCACAGCAUGCAGACCCGGACGAGGUCGACAUCUCGCAACACUACUAUACACCCCGAGCCACCAGCCGCUCCCCAGCGGCUGCCACGCCGCCUCUAGACCAAAGCAACAUAACGGAGGCCCAGAUGCGAGAGAUGAUGCUGGGCUUCGAGCGUCCGGGCGCAAACCCCUUUUUCGAUCCCGCAAUGGGCGGUGCUACAGGCGGGGCCGGAGCCGAGGAGGAUCCCAUGAUGAAGCUCCUAUCCCAAAUGAUGUCCGGCGCAGGAGGCGGACCCGGUGGUGCAGGCGGGCCCUUCGGCGCAGGCAACCCCUUCGCACAGGCUGGAGCAUUCGGCGCAGCACCAGGCCAACCAGCGGCGCCCGCCACGCCAGACCGGUACGCCUCCAUCUGGCGCCUCGUGCACUUUGUCAUCGCCUUGGGCCUGGGCCUGUACAUCGCCGUCUUCACGACCUUCUCCGGCACCAAGAUCGAGCGGGAGCGGGCGGCCUUCGAGUCGACCACCGCGGGCAUCCGGCACGAGGACGAGGACAGCGUGCGGCGGUACUUCUUCUGGGCGUUCGCCACCGCCGAGACGGUGCUGCUGACGAGCCGCUUCUUCCUGGACCGCGGGCGCGCCCCGCCCUCGGGCAUGCUGUGGACCAUCGCGGGGUUCCUGCCGGAGCCAUUCAAGGGGUAUCUCGGCAUCGGGCUGCGGUACAGCCAGAUCUUCAGCACGGUGAGGUCAGACAUGCUUGUGUGCGUGUUCGUGCUGGGGGUGUGUCACCUGCUGAGAGCGACGUAA